AAACUAAUUUGUGAAUAAUUCAAAAAUGUAUACAGAAAAAUAUUGUCGGUUGUGUGCAUUAAAAUUUCCUGUAACAGGUUUAAGAAAUGUCGAAGAAUUAAAAAAAGAAAAACAGUUAACAUCAUCAGUUUUACAAUAUUUACAAGUAAAACUCACCGACAAUGAUCGAUUACCACUUACCUUUUGUUUACAUUGUUGUCAAACAUUGGCUGAUUUAAAUCGAUUUCGAAAUAAUGUAAUAGAUGCUCAGAAAAAGUUAGAAAAUUUAAUUUAUUAUACAGACGAUCAAUACGAUAAUGAUACCAAACCUUCGAAGCUAGAUUUGAAUACUUUCAGUCAUGAUAUACCAGAUAAUGAGAGCACUGGUGGAAACGAUUACGUAAAUGAUCUAGAUACAAUUGAUCAGUUAAUCAACGAUUUUAAAAGUGAAAGUGGACAAGAUUGUGAUGAUGUAGCUUCAGAUCGAGAAAGUUUACCUCAGGAUGAUAAAAAACCAGAAAAUUUGGAAGUAUUUUGGCAAGAUACAUUAAAACCAGAUAAAGAAGAUCCAGAACCUCCUAUUAGUAUCAACGAGAAUAUUUUAAAUAACGCUCUUACAAUAUUAAAAAAUCUUCGAUUUAAAUGCUACAAAUGCAGUAAUUGGAUGAAAACUGAAACCUGCUUACAAGAUCAUUUUGAUACCGAGCAUGAUGCUAAAAUGAAAUAUAUUUGUCCAAAAUGUAAAUCACUAUUUAUUAGUUUAAAUGAUUUUAAAAAACAUUUGUAUAGCCAUUAUUUACAGAAAAUAGAUAAAAAAUUACGUUUUACCUGUGAAAUUUGUGGCAAAAAGUUUGAAAGUGAAUCGAUAUUAAAUGCACAUAAAGAUCAAUUCCAUUUAGAUCAAAAUGCCUUUUCUUGCAAUGAAUGUGGAAGAAAAUUCCGAUCAAAAGAAAAAUUAACAGAGCACGAAUUUAUUCAUAAAGAAAAUAAAGAUCAUGCAUAUUCAAAUGAGAAAUUAUUCAGUUGUCAUCAAUGUGGCAAAUCGUGUAUAAACGAAUAUAUAUUAAAAAGGCACUUAUUAACUCAUGUACCGAAAGAACUCAAAAAUAAUUUCCAGUGCGAUCAAUGUGAUCGGAAAUUCCUAAAUGCAAUUAAUUUGAAAAAUCAUCAAGUUUUACAUAGAAGUAGUAACAACGAUAAACAUAUUUGCGAUGAAUGUGGAAGAGUAUUUAAGAGUAAAGUAAAUAUGCUUGAGCAUAAAGUAACGCACACGAAUGAACGGCCCUACAAAUGCGAUGAAUGUUCUAAAACUUUCAAAAGUGAUCGAGUAUUAUUAAGACAUAAAUUAACUCAUAACGAUGAAAAAUUAUUUGCCUGUGAAAUUUGUGGCAAAAAAUUUAGUAAUAAGCUUCGAUUAAAUGAUCAUGGAAAAGUACACAGCGACGAACUACCAUUUGAAUGUGAAUUCUGUAAAAAAUUAUUUAAACGAAAAUCAUAUCUUAAGAUACAUUUGCGUCAACAUACUGGUGAACGACCGUACUCAUGUAACGAAUGCAAUCUUCAUUUUACAAAUAAUGCUAAUUAUGGUAAACAUUUAAAACGAAAACAUGGUUUACGUAAAUUUUCCAUUUCCAACAGACCAGUUUAUCCAUUUGAUUUAAGUAAUUAA